AUGGAUCCGAGGGAUCUGAUGGAUCCGAUGGAUCCGAGGGAUCCGAGGGAUCCGAUGGAUCUGAGGGAUCUGAUGGAUCCGAGGGAUCUGAUGGAUCCGAGGGAUCUGAUGGAUCCGAUGGAUCUGAUGGAUCCGAGGGAUCUGAGUGGAUCCGAGGGAUCUGAUGGAUCCGAGGGAUCUGAUGGAUCCGAGGGAUCUGAUGGAUCCGAGGGAUCCGAUGGAUCCGAGGGAUCCGAUGGAUCUGAGGGAUCCGAGGGAUCUGAUGGAUCCGAGGGAUCUGAUGGAUCCGAGGGAUCUGAUGGAUCCGAGGGAUCUGAUGGAUCCGAGGGAUCUGAUGGAUCCGAUGGAUCCGAGGGAUCCGAGGGAUCCGAUGGAUCCGAUGGAUCCAAGGGAUCUGAGGGAUCCGAUGGAUCUGAGGGAUCCGAUGGAUCUGAGGGAUCCGAUGGAUCCGAGGGAUCUGAUGGAUCCGAUGGAUCCGAGGGAUCUGAUGGAUCUGAGGGAUCUGAUGGAUCCGAGGGAUCUGAUGGAUCCUAG